UCAUUUGAUUUAUAGCCGUAAACAGGCGCACUGAGAAAUUCUUUCAAUUGUAAGUUGUUUGCUUAUUUUCUUGAUUUUUCUUUGUUUGUCAGCCAUAAUGUAUAGAUAGAUAACAAACGUAUUAAUAUAUUGUAUAUUAAACGGGAUAAGCCCGAUAAUCUGGUCUUAUGGUAGUGAUAUGUAGUUAGUUGUUUAUUCUUCUAGGUAGCAUGGACAAAAAGGAGAGACCGAGUUCUAGAGGAAGAGCUAUAAUGAAAGAACUAAACGAGAGGCAGAGGCGGUUGCAGAAUAAGGAGUUGUCGUUAAAUGUUUCGGAGAAGAAGGUAGAAUCUGAUAUAGAGCAGUUGGUGGCAGAAUCGAUUGCGUCGUGUCCAACAAAUAAUAGCUUUUCAAGACCUAAACCGCACGUCGAUAGUCCAAUUAUGUUGGCGGGAAAGUGGACGUUUCCUAAGGAUUCGUCACCUGUUGUUAAGUUGGAGGGAGGAAGUCUUGAUAGUUGUUCAACUAACUCUACAAUUAUGGAACAAGAACCGCAGGAGGAGAUGAGUACGGAGGCGAGAGAGGCGAUAAUUGCCAAAGAGCAAGCGGAGAAGGAGGAGAAGAAAAAGCGAAAGGAGGCGGUUAUUAGUAGCUAUCAAGAGAAAAAGAAUAGGAGAAAGCCGCUUUCGCCUAGGCUUCAACUCCAUUUCCCUGGCUUUAGAAUCUUUAAUAAGCCAACAUUCCUUGCAAUGGCAAGAUUGAAUAAGAAAGGUAAAAAGUCGACAAAAGGAAAAUCGACUGCGAACGAAUCCGAAAUGUUUACCCAAACUACAUUAAACAAGAAUGACGCAUCCGAUAGCCUGUCGCUAGACGACGAAAUUGAAGAUAACAUGAUGAAUGAAAGACAAGAGCAGAGGAUGGAGAAUGACAACGACGACGACGAUAAUUUAAUAUAA